AUGCGUGCUGUUUUGCUGUUGUGUCUGACAAUCAUCUUGGCUUCGUUGGCUGUGCUUGCUGCCGAAGAAGGUUUUACAGAUUAUAUUAUCGCUCUAUCGAAGCCUAUUACUGCUGAAAAAUUGGCAACGGCCAAAGCGGAUAUCAAAAAGGCAGGUGGCAAAAUCAACCACGAAAUUAGUCUAGGUCUUGAGGGAUUUGCUGUGUCUUUGCCUUCAGAUCAAGUAACUGCAUUUGACCAAAAGGACUAUGUUGAUUUCAUCGAGCAGGAUAAAUCAGUCCACGCAUUUUAA